UACACCGAAUAGCUGGUAUUAUAUUAACAUUUUCAUCUUCCGGGUUACCUUGUGCGUUCUUUCUACACCAUGGUCGCAUGGCUAGCCAUUUUUGGGAUCACGGUGGCAAGUGUACUUCCAGUUAACACCGACCCGUGUGAUCCGCAAAAUCAUAAAGUUCGUAACGGAGAAUGGAGGAGAAGUGUCAACCACACCAAGGCAAGUGAAGAGGCCGCAAUUUGUGAUCGGUACAUAGAUGACGGCUGGUAUAGAUUUAACAGUACGGCUGGCAACGACAUUCCCACUUCUUGUGUGCCGCCAAACCACUGUGGAACGACAUGGCCAAUUUGGAUGAAAGGAAACCUUCCGACCAAAAACCAAGAAAUAGACGCCAUAGCUUGUGUUUAUAAUUUGUUUACAAUCGAAGAUCCGUGCUGUUAUAAAACUUACAACAUAAAAGUGAAGAACUGCAAUGACGAAUUCAACGUGUAUUACUUGGUAGCCACGGAUGGGUGCUCGCAAGCUUACUGUGUUGGUACUGAGGUGCCCUGCUCUGGACAAACCGGAAAAUUUACUCCUGACUGCGACUCAAUAUCUUCAUCUUCUUCUCCAGCGAUAACAACCGCUAAUAGCUCUUCUGACCUACAGACAACUUCACCUAUUAUAUCAACAUCUAGCACUUCCAUCUCUCAGCAUACGACUUCAUUUUCCUCUACAUCUCGAUCUGCAACACCAGCAAAUUCCCCUACCGCUUCUGCAUCCCACCCUACAAAUUCACCUACCGCCUCCACAUCUCAUCCUACAACUUUAUCUACUACCAUCACAUCUCACCCUACAACUUUACCUACUACCAUCACAUCUCAUCCUACAACUUUACCUACUACCAUCACAACUCAUCCUACAACUUUACCUACUACCAUCACAACUCAUCCUACAACUUUACCUACUACCAUCACAUCUCAUCCUACAACUUUACCUACUACCAUCACAUCUCAUCCUACAACUUUACCUACUACCAUCACAUCUCAUCCUACAACUUUAUCUACCACCUCUACAUCUCACUCUACAACUUCCCCUACCAUCUCUAAAUCUCUUCCUACAACUUCACCUAUCACCUCUUCAUCUCAUCCUAUAACUUCACCUACCACUUCUACAUCUUAUCCUACAACUUCACCUACCACCUCUACAUUUCACUCUACAACUUCACCUACCACCUCUAUAACUGGCCCUACAACUAUACAUAGCACCUCUAAACCCUCUCCUAUAACUUCACCAACUACAUCUUUUUCUCAUUCUACAACUUCAACCACGACCUCUACAUCUCUUCCUGCAACUUUAAACUACCUUUCAACUACCCCUACCUCUCAUCAUACAAUAUCAUCUACCGCCUCUUCAACCCAAUCCGGAACUUUAUCUACUUCCUCUAACUCUCUUCCAACCACUUCAUCACCUGUCUCUACAUCUAAGACUUCUCUGGGACCUGACAUCGAGGAAACAACGGUGAACACGCGGUUUGUCAUCGGCAUUGUCAUUGGAGUGGCUAUCCCCUUAGUUGGUGUUGUUCUUAUUAUAUGUUAUCUUCGCAGGCGGAUAGAUGUCAAAAAGAAAAGUGUCGAGCCUGUAAAUGAGUAUGAACAUCUUGAUAAAAACCGAGGAGUCGACGACUAUCAACAACGAGUCACUUUUUACGACGAGCCAGACUUCCAAAUUCAGCCACAUGGUCGCCAGACAGCAGCAUCUUUAGGAUACGAGGAACCUCCAGAUUACUUCAGAACCCUUCAAAACCAACGACACAGUGUCGUCAAUGGGGAAGUUCAAGGGGAGCAUCACUAUGAAAGUCUUUUAGAAAUGUCAGCAGCUGGACAACAGGGGUUCAGGACAUCGAUGCCACGUGGUCGCUAUAUGGGCAUUGGUCAGACUUUCCAGGGGACACACCAAAAUAACACGGAGUCACUAUAUGACGAAAUACCAGCUGAUUUAGUAGAUUGCAAUAGAGUUUAGUCCAUUUUUAGUGGUAUUUUUGACGAUGUAAAUGUAACAUUUUGGUUCUAAACACUCAAAAUGACUUUUGUGAAAAUGUUUUUCUUCUCAAUAUGUAUCACAUUUUCAUUAAGGAUGAAAUUGAAAUGAUUAGCGUACCCGGCUUACUUUAUGUAAAUAGAAUAUUUUAUAUUCUUAGAAAUUCAGGUUAUUGAUACUUCUAUGCGAUGUAAGUAUUAUGGACAUUUUCAAGUCUGUUAUUUACGAAGUGAUCGUUGAAUUAAUUCUAAAGAUGUCUUCAUUUACUGCAAAUGUGUCUGGGUUUUUUUUUUGGUAGACUUCAUUGUUAAGUUUAGUUUUAACUGUAUUGCCAAUACAAGACUAAAUUUAAUAAGAAAUUUAUAAAAAGGAAAGGAAAAGUUCGAACAAUUAUCUUUGAAAAAAGAUAAGUAAUGAGGUAUCAUUUGACAUGCAAAACGUAUAUUUGGUUUUGAAUAAUUUAUAUAAUUUCAUUAAAUAUGUAAUGAAAUUUUACCUAUAUUGUAAAUCUAAAAGAGCCGAAGCAACAAAUAUAAAUUUCUUUACAUUUGUUCUUGAAAGAAAAGUUUCUGGCAGAAAAAAUAUCUCUUAAAAAAUGGACUCAGAAAAAUUUGAAAAGAAAAAUGGACACGCUGGAAGUAUCUUUUUGAAGACACUUAUUUGUAUUUAUGUAGUAUUAAAAAUAAUUUUGCACUAGGCUCUUUAUUGAACUAGCAAGAUGUACACAUAUGCGUGUGUUAUAAGUACACAAGCCCUUAGCGUGCUAGUUGAGGCAUUUUCUAUAACUUUAUUCGUAUAUACAUGUAUCCCAUGUGAUGUUUAUAUAUAAGGAGACAUAUCAAAACUAGUAAAAAAAAAAA